AUGUUUGGCAGAGACGAGGAGCCGCUCCCGUCGGAGGUCGCCCGCCAAAGACGGCCUUCCAAUACGGAGGCGAUGCAGAACGUCCACCGGCAGUCGGUCUCUAACAAGGGUCUCACUGGGGCCUCCGCCCUGACGGUGAGGCAGAGUAUUCUGCCCAUCACCCUGGUCACCGUCUUGUUCUUCCUCUGGGGUUUCGCUUAUGGCCUCCUCGACGUACUGAACGCCAAGUUCCAAACGGCCCUGAACAUCACCGCCGCCAAGGCUGGUGGCCUUCAAGGAGCUUACUUCGGCGCCUACUUCAUCGGUCCUCUGACAUACUCUGGCUGGAUCGUGCGCAGGUUUGGAUAUCGCUGGACAUUCAUCACUGGCCUUUGCAUCUAUGGCGUGGGUGCCCUCAUGUUCUGGCCCAGUGCGGUUUACCGAAGCUUCCCUGGAUUCUGCUGCAGUCUGUUCAUCGUGGGCUCCGGGCUGUCGACGCUCGAGACGAGUGCGAACCCGUUCAUCGCGACCUGCGGUCCUCCGCGCCUGUCCGAGUUCCGUCUCGAGCUGUCUCAGAGCUUCCAGGCUAUCGGCUCCGUCAUGGCGCCCCUCCUGGCCAGCCGCGUGUUCUUCUCGGAGACGACGCCCAACGACCUCUCCAAGGUGCAGUGGACGUACCUGGGCAUCGCCGCCUUCGUCUUCCUCCUCGCGGUCGUCUUCUACUUCUCGCCGAUCCCCGAGGUCACCGACGCCGACAUGGAGCUGCAGGCGGAGCAGAGCGCGGGGCUGACGGGCUACCAGGACCGGCCCAUGCGCAAGCAGUACAAGCUGUUCUUUGGCGUCGCCGCGCAGUUCUGCUACGUCGGCGCCCAGGUCGGCGUCGCGGCCAACUUUAUCAACUACGCCAUCGAGUCCGCCGGGAUCAGCGCGGCCGCGGCCAGCGAUCGCUACGCUAUCGGACAAGGGCUGUUCGCGAUCGGCCGUUUCGCGGCGGCGGGCCUGAUGAUGUACGUCAAGCCGCGGCUGAUCCUCAUGGCCUUCAUGACGGCCAUCAUGGUCUUCAUCGCGCUGGCGAUCGCGAUCCACGGGGAGGCGGGCGUGGCGAUGCUGAGCCUGGUGCUCUUCUUCGAGUCGUGCAUCUUCCCGACCAUCUUCACGCUGUCGAUCCGCGGGCUCGGGCGGCACACGAAGCGCGGCAGCUCGUGGAUCGUGGCGGCCGUCAGCGGCGGCGCGCUGUUCCCGAGCCUGACGGGCCUGCUGGCCGACAGCAGGGGGUACCACGUCGGCAUGGCGGUGCCGCUGUGCGGCUUCUUCGUCGCGUUCGCGUACCCGGUCUUCCUCAACACGUACUACCGCCGCGAGCUCGACGGGUUCCGCGAGACCAAGAUCGGGUACCACGACGAGCACGGCGUCGUGGGCGACCCGGAGAGGGACGUCCGGCGGUCCAGCCUGGGGGUCAAGGGGGAGGCCGGGGGUCCUGUCAAGUUCAACACGGAGCAUUUGGAGGUGUAA